AUGCCUUUACCCUUUGCAACCACCAACAACUACAACAAUCUCACACACAUUAAUCAUUUGUUAAACCAAUCCAAUGCUAUCUCUCAUUCUCACAUAAAACAAAUCCACUCUCAAAUUCUUCGCACCAUUCCCACUAACCAUCCACAAUCCCUUUUUCUCUACACAAGACUUCUUCACCACUCCUCCUUCACAAAUCUCAACUACACUACUCGUCUAUUUCAUCACUUUAACAACCCAAACUCCUUCAUGUGGAACAUUCUCAUACGAGCCUACGCCAAAUCCACAAACCACAAACAUCAUGCUAUUGUUCUUUACAAAGAAAUGUUAACAGAACAAAGAAAUGAAGUCUUUCCUGAUAAACACACUUACCCAUUUGUUCUUAAGGCUUCUGCUUACUUGUUUUGUUUAUUUGAAGGGAAACAGGUUCAUGCCCAUGUUUUGAAACUUGGGUUUGAGUUGGAUAGUUAUAUUUGUAACAGUUUGAUUCAUUUCUAUGCUUCUUGUGGGUGUUUGGAAAUGGCCCGGAAAGUGUUUGAGGAAAUGUGUGAAAGGAGGAAUGAGGUUUCUUGGAAUGUGAUGAUUGAUUCUUAUGCAAAGGUUGGAGAGUAUGAUACUGUUUUGAAAAUGUUUUGUGAGAUGAUGAAGGUAUAUGAACCUGAUUGUUAUGCAAUGCAGAGUGUUAUUAAUGCUUGUGCUGGUUUAGGUGCUCUUUCUUUGGGUAUGUGGGUUCAUGCUUAUCUUUUGAAAAAGUGUGAUAAAAAUGUGGGUUGUGAUGUUUUGGUUAACACUUGUUUGGUUGAUAUGUACUGCAAAUGUGGAUCUUUGGAAAUUGCUAAGCAGGUGUUUGAAGGAAUGUCUUGUCAAGAUGUGAAUUCAUGGAAUUCAAUCAUUUUGGGUUUUGCCAUCAAUGGGAAAGCUGAGGAAGCAUUGGGUUACUUUGUCCGAAUGGUGAAGGUAGAGAAAUUUGUGCCAAACUCUAUCACUUUUGUUGGUGUGUUGAGUGCAUGUAAUCAUAGGGGAUUAGUUAAUGAGGGGUUAUUGUAUUUUGAAAUGAUGACUAAGGAAUACAAUAUUGAACCAAGUUUGAUGCAUUAUGGAUGUCUUGUUGAUCUUUAUGCUAGAGCUGGACACAUCCAAGAAGCUUUGAACGUGGUUUCAGAAAUGACUGUCAAGCCGGAUGCUGUAAUUUGGAGGAGUCUUUUAGAUGCUUCUUGUAAGCAACAUGCAAGUGUUGAGCUAAGUGAAGAAAUGGCAAAGCAAGUUUUUGAGUUGGAGGGGAGUGUUUGUGGUGGUGCUUAUGUGCUUUUGUCAAAAGUUUAUGCUUCAGCUAGUAGGUGGAAUGACGUAGGAUUGGUUAGAAAGCUAAUGAAUGAUAAGGGUCUGAGUAAAGAGCCUGGUUGUAGUUUAAUAGAGAUAAAUGGUGUUGCUCAUGAAUUUUUAGCUGGCGACACCACUCAUCCACAAAGUAAAGAUAUAUACAAGUUUAUGAAUGAAAUUGAGGAGAAGCUAGAAUCAAUAGGGUAUUUACCUGACUAUUCAGGGGCAGCUUUGGUUAAUGAGAUUAAUGAAGGAAAACAGAAUACUAUGAGGUUGCAUAGUGAGAGAUUGGCCAUAGCUUUUGGGCUUUUGAAUUCAAAACCAGGCACACCGAUAAGAGUAUUUAAGAAUCUUAGAGUGUGUAAUGAUUGCCACAAGGUUACUAAAUUAAUAUCCAGAAUUUACAAUGUGGAAAUCAUUGUAAGAGAUCGUGUUCGAUUUCAUCACUUCAAAGAUGGGAGUUGUUCUUGUAUGGACUAUUGGUGA